AGAACUAUAUAUACGACAAUUUGAGAAAGCUUAGCCAAAAGUCAUUAGCCAGCAGCACGUUUUUGUGAUAAUGUUUAAAGGUGUACCAACGCUUGCGAAUUUGAAUUUGCGUUUGCUAACCGGCCACGCGGCCAAGGGCCGUGAGUUUUCCGCCGCACUGAUUAAUGGCCAGGUGCUGGUGCGACGCACUAAGGCUACGGCAACAUCUCUCGACCUGGCCGACGCCAAUGGCAGCAAGAUCGACGUCGAUGUGUACAGUGAGCAGGAACUGCUGAAACGCGCCAAAUUUAGGCAUACGGGCUUCGAGGUGCAGAAGAAAAUCGCAGCUGAGAAGAAACUGCGAACGCCGCCGCUGCUGAAUCUGGUUUUCGCCAAUCGCAAGUUAUCCUUCUAUGACACCAGCUCCGGAUCUACGGACUGCGAGCAGAAUGCCAAGCUAAAUCAGCGACGCAACUAUUCGAUAAGGCCCCAUCGGGAGCAGGAACAACGCAAUGCUGAGGAUGUGCUCUUCGAUAUGUUUGCCAGCGAGGAGACGGGCCUUAUAUCCAUGGGCAAAUUCCUGGCCGGACUGAAGACGACGGGCAUACGACGCAAUGAUCCGCGUGUGCGCGAGCUGAUGGACAACCUAAAGAAGGUGCACAAGCUGAACAACUAUGAGACGGGCUCCUCCGCAGAGACGCAGCAUCUCAACCGGGAGACCUUCAAGGCCGUCGUCUCGCCGAACAUUGUGCUGAUAGCGAAGGCAUUCCGUCAACAGUUCGUCAUCCCGGACUUCUCGAGCUUCGUCAAGGACAUUGAGGACAUCUACAUUCGCUGCAAGGGCAAUACCGAGGGCAAACUGGCCGACUACAUUCCCCAACUGGCCCGUUAUAGUCCCAAUUUCUGGGGCGUCAGCAUCUGCACAAUCGACGGACAACGCUUCUCCAUUGGCGAUGUCGAGGAACCCUUCACCCUGCAGAGCUGCAGCAAGCCCCUGACCUAUGCCAUCGCACUGGAGAAACUUGGUCCCAAGGUUGUGCACUCGUUUGUCGGCCAGGAGCCGAGUGGACGCAAUUUCAACGAACUCGUGCUGGACCAGAAUAAGAAGCCGCACAAUCCCAUGAUCAAUGCCGGAGCCAUACUCACCUGUUCGCUGAUGAACGCUUUGGUCAAGCCGGACAUGACCGCCGCCGAGAUCUUCGACUACACGAUGUCCUGGUUCAAGCGUCUGUCGGGCGGCGAAUACAUUGGCUUCAACAAUGCUGUCUUUCUCUCGGAGCGCGAGGCAGCGGAUCGCAACUACGCUCUUGGGUUUUAUAUGCGCGAGAACAAGUGCUUCCCGAAGCGAACGAACCUGAAGGAGGUGAUGGACUACUACUUCCAGUGCUGCUCCAUGGAGACGAACUGUGAGGCGAUGUCUGUGAUAGCCGCCAGUCUGGCCAAUGGCGGCAUUUGUCCCACAACCGAGGAGAAGGUCUUCCGCCCGGAAGUCAUACGGGAUGUGCUCUCCAUAAUGCACUCCUGCGGCACCUACGACUAUUCCGGGCAGUUUGCCUUCAAGGUCGGCCUGCCGGCCAAGUCGGGCGUCAGCGGCGGCAUGAUGCUCGUUGUACCGAAUGUGAUGGGCAUCUUUGUCUGGUCGCCGCCUCUCGAUCAGCUGGGCAAUACGGUGCGUGGGUUGCAGUUCUGUGACGAGCUGGUCAACACCUUCAACUUCCAUCGAUAUGACAAUCUGAAGCAUCUAUCGAAUAAGAAGGAUCCGCGCAAGCAUCGCUACGAAACGAAGGGUCUAUCGAUUGUCAAUCUGCUUUUCUCCGCCGCCAGCGGCGAUGUGACAGCUCUGCGUCGCCAUCGUCUGUCCGGCAUGGACAUCACCUUGGCCGACUACGAUGGUCGGACGGCGCUCCAUUUGGCCGCCUCGGAGGGACACUUGGAGUGUGUCAAGUUUCUGCUGGAACAGUGCCAUGUGCCGCACAAUCCCAAGGAUCGCUGGGGCAAUCUGCCCGUCGACGAGGCCGAGAACUUCUGCCACUCGGACGUGGUCGACUUCCUCAAGCGCUGGGCCGAGAAUGCCAAGGAUGCGCCCCAGGAGUGCAUCACAGAGUCCGUGACCACCAAAACCGCCGCCGAUGAGGAGUUACCCUGCAAUACAACCAGUCCCUUGCCCACAGAGUCCGAGCCCCGGAGCAGCAGCCCCGCCUCCUCGGAGGCGGGCAGCACAGCCAGCGUGGACAAGACCAAGCCGGGCCUCUAGAGACCUACUGACAACAAAUUUACAUAUAUACAUAUACAUAAAUAUAACUGUAGAAUCUCGCUUAAAUUAUUCGCUUAAUCAUCUCUAGUUAAUAUACAAUUCUAGUUAGCUAUCCGAACCCAGCAUACAUACCAUAAAUUAUAUACGAUAUAUAUAAAGAAA